CCAACGUCAACCUUCAAAAGAUCGAGUCUACAUUCUCCUCUCCUCCAACAUCGCCACAACGCCCAACCAACCAAUUGCUCCACAGAAAACGCAACGCCAGAAACCAUGGCUGCAACGACGUCAGCAGCCCAGCAGCAUCCGCCGGCCCUCACCUUCCCACGCCCCAUCUUCGCCGCCCUCUCCCCGCACCCAUUCCUCCAAGCCCACCUCUCGAGCACCGCGAACGACCGCAACAACAGCAGCAAGGCCCCCUUUCGCGCCAAUGGCCGCACACCGACCGAGUUCCGGUCGCCGGGAAUCAACACAGGCUCCCUGACGCACUGCAACGGCAGCGCGGUGGUGCGCCUGGGGAACACGGCCGUCGUGUGCGGCGUGCGAGCCGAGAUCCUGAAAGAAGAAGACAUACCGGGCGGACGAACCUUCGCCAGCACAGAGGAAGAGGAUGAAAACGAAGACGAAGACGACACAGAGGAGCUCUCCACCCUCCGCCUGCUCGUCCCCAACGUCGAGCUCAGCACCGGCAGCACGCCCCAGCACAUCCCGGGCAACGCACCCAGCACCUUCGCGCAGACGCUCGUCACCCGGCUGCGCAACACCUUACUUUCGACGCGGCUCGUGCGCGCCAGCGACCUACGCAUCGCAUACACUCCCUCCUCCGCGGGUUCGGACUCGGAAUCCGAGCCGCCUCAGGUCAAGGCGUACUGGGUACUCUACAUCGACACGCUGUUCAUCUCGAUCGACGGCUCGGCCUUCGACGCCGCGUUCCUGGCCAUUCUCGCCGCGCUGCGGAACACCAGGAUCCCCCGCGCGUACUACGACGAGGAGUUCGAGGCCGUGCUGUGCGACGACGACCCGAAGUCGGCGAGGGUCCUGCGGUUGAGGGGCCUGCCGGUGCCGAGCACGUUCGCGGUGUUUGAGGGGAGGGACGAGGAUGGUGAUGCUGAGGGGAAGUUGGAGUGGAUUUUGAGUGAUCCCGAUGCGUUUGAGGAGUCGGUUUGUAAGGAGAGUGUUUGUGUGGUUGUGGAUUGCUCGGCUGCGGGUGCGAGUGCGAGUAGGAAAGGAAGUACAGACGGAGCGGUGGUGAGGAAGAUCGAGAAGAGUGGCGGCACUGUUGUGGGGAGGGAGGAUAUGAAGGUUCUCGUGGGGAGGAGCGCUGAGAGGUGGGGAGUGUGGCAUAAGGCUUUGAAAGAGCAAAUCUGAUGGUGACCUUUAAGAGGUCGAUGAUGUUGUAGAAGCAAUCUGGAAGAGGAGCUAAUAGAGACGCACCGCUCUUGCGGCCUGACUGAAUCACGGUAGAAGAAUGAUACCCUAUGCAAUUCGACACGUCACGGCAUCGUAUCAAAUCACGUUGCUAGUGUGAGGCACCAGACAGCAUAUAGCAAACCGUUUGAACUCAAACAUAAUGUUUAG